GCGGCCACUAGUACCACGGCUCUGGUGGGGGGCACUCGGGAGUCGGGUUCCGGGGUGGCGGCACAAGGGCGGAAGAAAGCCUACGGCAAGGGUGAUCCUCAUAGAAACUACUAAAGACUACAAAGAAUUGAUUCUAGGCAAAGUAACAGUGAAAUAGAUUAUACUGAUCAAGUAAGAUGGAUCCAUGUUCAGUUGGAAUUCAACUCCAUACUGCUAAUGAAUGUCAUAAGAUAUACUAUACCCGUCACGCUGGCUUCAAGACUAAGCAAGAUCUAUCUUCAUCCGAUCUGCUACUACUUCAGCUUAGGACUGGAAUGACUCUUUCUGAGAACAAUACAAUCUGCUUCCAUCAUGCAAAAAUUUACAUUGACAGAUUUGAAGAUCUGCAAAAAUCAUGUUGUGACCCAUUUAACAUACACAGGAAAGUAUCAAAGAAAAAUUUACGUGCAAUCGACUUAGAUGAUGCAGCUUUUCUAAGUGCCAAGUUUGGAAGACAGUUUGUACCUGGUUGGAAGCUUUGUCCAAAGUGUACACAGAUAAUCAAUGGAAGUGUGGAUGUUGACACUGAAGAUCGCCAAAGAAGGAAACUUGAUUCAGACGGGCGAACAGCUAAAGCUUUGAAGUCCUUGCAGUUUGCUAAUCCAGGACGACAGACUGAAUUUGCUCCAGAAAGCAGUAAAAGGGAAAAGAGAAGGCUACAAACAAAAAGCACAUCAGUUAAUUCUGACAGGCAAGUAAUCCCAGCAAAGAGUAAAGUCUAUGAUAGCCAGGGACUUCUGCUUUAUAGUGGGAUGGACCUCUGUGACUGUCUUGAUGAAGAUUGCCUGGGAUGCUUCUAUGCUUGUCCCAAGUGUGGUUCCAACAAAUGUGGAGCUGAAUGCCGCUGUGAUCGCAAGUGGUUAUAUGAACAAAUUGAGAUAGAAGGAGGAGAAAUUAUUCGCAAUAAGCAUGUGGGUUAAUUUAUAAGUUUUUGUGUUGCAUUCCAAUACAGAAUUUGAUGGUCUGAUGAAAAUCAGUGGAACCUAUCAUAACGCACAUGAACAGUCUGUUCAGUCUUACAAAAUUCAUUGUUUGAUAUGGUUUUAGAAAGGUUGUUACUCAUACUAAUUGUGUAUUGUCACACUUCAUUCCACCUUGUACUCAUCCAUACAAACCAGCAAAAAAGGCUGGAACAAUGCAGUGCUUGACUGUUCAGUGAGAGUUUGAAACUGAGUGGCUGGUUAAGUGCUAAAAGAAAUUUGGGAUUAGCUGCUGCAUAUGCCCUGCUCUGUAGAGAGGGUUCUUUCUCCAUGCAUCUCUCCUUUCUCACCUCUCCCCUUGAAGACUUGGUGUUCAUGUUUGUUUUUACUAUCUUUUAAAAAUAAAUGUAGUCUCUUUAAGUUUAAAAUGUAAGCAGUGGCAAUCAUGACCAGUAUUAGCAGGUGUAUAACAAAUAGUAAAUGCUGUAUUUUCUAAAAUGAGUCUUGGGACUGUUAUAACAUAGUUAAACAUCUAACAGUAUAGGGGUUAAAUCAACAUGUUCAUUGCACUGGUUUGCUAUAAAUAUACUUUUUAAAAUAUAAAUAAGCUCUGUCCAAAUUAUUUUAACAGUAUUUAGCACUUAGGGGGUGCUCUCUCACAAAUAGCAUUUGAUAGUUUCUGCUAGUUGCACCAUUGUAAAAGAACUAAUAUUUCAGGGAUGGGGAAAAUCCUGACUUUAACACCGAAGGUAUAAAGACUGUCAGCACUUCUUGUACAAACCCAUUGUUUUGGAGCUUGAUAACUGGGAUGCGUGUUUUUUUAAAAGAAAAACAACAACAAAAAACCUUUCCUGAAUGAAACUUAGCACGUACUGUGUCGAUUCGGUUUUGAAAUAAAACUCGAUAACUAACUGAUUCCUAAUGACAGGAGCACAGUUAUGGAGGCAGGACUCAGCAACACAUUGUUUAAACAGAUCUUUCCCAGGUAACCUAGCUAUAGUUUGUCUUCUGUUUGUUUGUUUUUUGUUUGUUUUGUUUGUUGGGGUGGGGGAAGGGUGCCUUUCUUUUGAAGAUACCUUCAUAUUACUGCACAUUUGCUAAGAAUAUUUUUGAUAGCAGUUGAGAAGGCUAGAUCAUCUUUCCUGCUAUGGCUACUCUGUGCAUCCAGCUUAAACAGUCACUUGCAGAUUCUCGCUAAAUAGAUGAAUUAAAGUGGCUUAGAAUCAUAGGCCUGGUCUACACCUGGGAGGGGAGGGGAUCAAUCUAAGUUACGCAACUUCAGCUAUGUGAAUAACGUAGCUGAAGUCGACAUACUAAGAUCUACUUACCAUAGUGUCUUCACUGCGGUAAGUCGACUGCUAACGCUCCCCCGUCGACUCCGCCUGCGCCUCUUGCUCCGGUGGAUUACCGGAGUCGACAGGAGAGCUCUCGGUGGUCAAUUUAUCGUGUCUUCACUAGAGGCGAUAAAUCGACCCCUGCUGGAUCGAUCACUCCGGAGGUAAGUGUAGACCUCCCCAUACAGUGCUCUUACAGCUCCUAACUCCCUGUCCCCAGCCAGGAUACUGGAUAUGGCUAGUUGCUGACGCUGCCCCUUGAAACUAUGGAUAGCUGACAAAAUGUAGAACAACCUGAAUGCUGCUCAUUUACACUGGGGACUGGAUCAGCAGUGGGCAAGAGCAAAGCCAUCUUGCAACCUACUUCCUAAACUGAACUGGGUGAGCAAAAGCUGAAUCUGGCAUACAGUUUACGUUUGGCCAUGUGCAUGUGUGGCAUCUGGAUUGUAGUGACUUCCAUAACAUUUGUUAUCACAAGCCUAUGAUAGAAUGGCUUCUCACUGUUUCGCUUCUCUCUUCAGCUACUACAGGGGAUCAUAGCAUAAAGAAACUACUUUGUGAUAUAUUUCUGUAACAUCUGCCAGAUUAAAUAUCUAGUUUUACACACAAACAUUUUUUUCUGUUCUUUGGAAUUGUCACUGCAUUGACAUAAUUUGAUGUACUGCUUUACUAUAAAGUCUUCCUUGGGUUCUAAAUAGCAUUAUUUUAAUCAUUUAGACUUGCAGUUAAUUCUGUAGUAAACAAAAGUUCAACAUGGCUAAUCCAUGAUAGACUGAACUGCAUAUUUUAAUGGCUUUUUUAGGUAAAGGUUUACACAUGCAGCUGAAAAUAAUCCAAAUGUCUUUCCUCUGUUGUUUAGACUAAAAAUAGCCAAACUGCUGUGCAAACCAUUUGAAUUUAAAUAGUUUCAACCAAAAGGUAACUUUAGUAUACCUAGCUUCAGACAGAAUUAAGAUUUCACAUCUGAGUUUUACAAAACUCCUGGAAAUUAAAUUUUAUAGUAGAAAUGCUAAUAAAUUCUUAACAAGUAAGACCUAGCAGCUGUACAGUUGAACAUAGCACUGUUUUUGAAUAAGAGAAAUGUAGAAAAUCUUGUACAGUCUUACUGUGGCUUCAGACUUAUUUUGUCAAACUUUUGGACUAUUUCGCAUAAAUUUUGCUCAAGGAUGCCAUGUAACUAUUGCCUUUUGAAGGAUUUUCUUGGUAAAAUUUUGUAAUCGUGUAAUUUUGCUGUUUAGUACAGGGGUUCUCAGGACAAAUUUUUUGGUGGCCCCAGAGUGUGGCCACCAAUUCCUGCUGGUGGCCACUCUCACACUUUUCCCUAAAAUACUUAAUUACCAUUAGGAAAAAAUAAAUAUACAUAUAUACACGUCCACAUCAUUGUAAUUUAUUUAUUACUAGCUAAUAAGCUUGUUGUGAAAGUGAUAUUAACAAACAUACGAGUAUCACUUUUCACAGCAGACUUACUCAGCCCCGGCAAGCCUGGGGACAAAUUAAGCCCUUAAUGGGGGGGAGGAGGGCCAAGGGAGGCAGCAGGGGGCUGCAGCCUAAGGCCCGGUGGCCGGAGGACGUAGCCCAAAGCUGCGCAGCUGGGAGCCCAGGGCUGGAAUCCGAAGCCCCGUGGCAGGAGCCUGCCCCCUGCAACCUUAGGGCUGAAGUCCAAAGUCUGAGCCCCACUUCUCCUGGGAAGGUGAGGAGCUCACUGGCUGCCUGCUUCUCCAGUGUUGUGUCCCAGGUGUCUCCGGGGGGGGAGGGUAACCCUGCUGGUGGCCCCAGUAACCAACACCAAGGCGGUGCAUUCAGGAGCACCAGGGAGGGGCCGCUGCUUUGCUCUCUCGCCUUCCCUCUCCCCCAAUAUCAGUCCAGGAGGCUGUGGCCACAUUUGAGAAACGCUGGUUUAGUACAGGUAUUUUCAUUUCCAGUAAAUGAUGUGACACUCCAGAGGUUUGUAGCUAUAGAACUAAGAUUCAGAUUUCUGGUUGGUUGGAUGUAAAAUUACUGUUGCUAACUUAAUGGGGUUAUGCUGACAUCUGCUGGUACUCAUGAAAUACUAAACUCCAAAUCAGACUCGUACUGAAUUUUAAUCUGCUUACUUUUAAUAAAAUGUUGGAUGUUCUUUUCUUUUAUCAUUGGAUUUUUGAUUCAUUCAGUACUAACUAUGAAAUAAUUCACUGAAAUGGAAUGUAACAAAUCUCUUGACAUUCUAAGUUCUGGUAAACUUUCUGGAGCAUUACAACAUUAAAGCACAAUCUUACUCCUUACGCUAUCAACUUUAUAAGAAGUCUUGUAAUUUUUCAUAAUUAAAUGCAAAUAAAUGACUAACUUUUAACUUG